CGCGCGCGCAAUGGCGGAGGGGGGUGAAGCGGCGGCAGCAGCGACGGCGGAGGAGGAUGUGAUUCUGGAGGAUUACUUUAUGAUGGAUGAAGAACCUCUGGAUGACAAAACGGCUGAAGAAGAUGAAAUUGAUCUUUACAUUAACUUGUCAUUUACUUCAGCAGCUUACCUGGAAGAGAAUGAGGUAAAAACCCUGGUGACCGAUCCAGAGGAGGUUCCUACUGGUGAACUUGAGGCGUCAGUGGUGGCAGCUGCUGAGCAAGAGGAGAAAUCCAAAGCAGUGGAGGAGGAACAGUCUAAAGUGGCCGAGGUAGAGCCCAUGCUAGAAGAUGUUUCAGAUAAUGAAAGCCUUCAUGCAGAGCUGCAGCUUGCUUAUGAUGCUAUGGAGGAAGAAGAGGAGGAAGUGGCCAUGACUGAACAGGAGGAGGAUCAUACAAGUGAGGCUGUUGAAGAGCCAAAUGUCCUGGGAGACCCAGCAGUCAUGAGAGCUGUGCGUGGCCAGCCUACAUUGGAGAGAGAGGAUUCUGCUGUUCUGGACAGUAGAGUUGCUAACAGCCUUACAGAUUAUCCUACAGACUACUCGACAGCAUCAAAAUCUGGCAUGUGGAAAUCUACUUUGAGAAGAGUCCCGUCACUAUCUAUGAUGGAGGCAUUGGAGAGAGCUUCCAUGUCCCGAGUCGACCUAGAUUUCCUGACCUCGCCAGUGCGGACAAGCUAUCUAGAUUCCUUGGCUCUUGACCGUCCAGCUUUUCGUGGAAGAACCAUCAAGCCUUCUUCUCAGCGCUUCACACGUCAGCAGUCUACCAUGACACCUGGCUCUGUAAGAUCACCUUACCCAUUCACUCCACCCCGCAGGACACGCCGUAUGUUUGGCCUUAAUCAGACUUCGAGCUGUGCUUCUCCACCUCCUUUUAGAUCCAUGUUUUCAAAUGUCAAUAGCCCAACCUGGCCUUUGACUCAUGCGCUUGACUCUCCACCUUUCAGUCCAUCAACCAACAGCCAGCAGAAGUUCAGCUUGCCCAGUGCCAUGACACAGCUGCACCCUCUGCAUCAACGGAUCCUGAAGCAAAGACGGCCAGGGCAAGAAAGGAGAAUUCGCUGUAUGGUGCCCCUGCCUCUAGAGUUGGAUCCCUAUGCUGCGCUCAUGACGUUGGUGGAAAAAGACUGGGUGAUAAAGGUGCAAAUGUUGCAGCUGCAGAGCGAAAACCCCCACCAAGAUGACUAUUAUUACCAGGAGUAUUAUCGUAAGCUGGAGCAUAAACAAGCAGAGAAAGGGCUUCUUGGAGGGUCCAAGCCUGAAGUUCCCAAGCUAGUCACACCGUAUAUCCAGAAAGUGGAGACCUAUGAAUCUGUGGUGCGGAUUCCAGGCUCCUUGGGACAGGUGGCAGUAUCCACGUGCCACAGUCCCCGCAGGGCGAUUGAUGCUGUGCACCACAUCUCAGUGGAGCAGGUUGUAGGGAAUCAGCGACUACAAAUACUAUAUCAGAUUGAGAAGAUGUACCUAUGGCUACUUGAUAUGGAGGACACUCAGCGGAAGCUGGACCUAUCCUCAGAAGAGCAGCAUCCCCACUUCUGUGAGAAGCUUGCCCAGGAGGUGGAGUGCAUCUGUCACACUCUGCGAAUUGAAGAGCAUAACAGUGAAGACCGUCUAUGCUGCUUUGACACCGAGAUGUGCUUGGAUCAGUUGGUCUUUUCUUCCAGGGAAGCGAAAGACGAGUUCCUACAGAUCCUGCUGGUGGGGAAAGGGAAGAGGCUGGUGGCCCGUCUGUUGCCGCACCUGUCGCAGGACCAGGCCAAGCAGGUCCUCGUCACCAUUACACAGCACCUACCUCUUCUUAUUAAGAAGGACAUGCUGGAUGAGAUGCUGCCCGUUCUCUACAAUCCGCUGAGUGAUGUCAUCGAGCAGUUGACCUUUGGUGAGAUGGUUGACAUCCUACAAGAGCUAACCAGACUUCAACCAGAGUCAGUCAAGCAAUCACUGGCGAUGGUAUUCGGGAACAAGUUUGCCAUCUCGCUCCUAUACCUCCUGUUGAGCCACGGUGAGAGAUGUCUCUCUUCUGGCCUGCCCCUGAAGCCCCAUAAUGGAGGCUUUGAAAAAUGGGUGGAUACAGUACUCCUCGUUGCUCGGGAACUGUCUCAAGUGCCCAAGACUUCCAUGGUGGAGCCUCUUCACCUCCCCAGCAACCUGCUAUUUCUCUUCUGCCGCUAUGUGGACAAAGACACAGUGAACCACUUAGAUGUCAAGAUGGAGUGAUCCCUUCUGCCUUCACAAGCUACUGUAGCGCUUGAAAUCUGCUCUUUGCCUGCAGUGUGGAGUUCCGGAGGUGAAGUUGGUCUCCAUCAUGAAAGCUGGAUGCAGCCUAGAGUAUUGUGGCUGUUUCAAACUAGGAUACUACACAAAUUCUGUUCAGUUUUUUGUUAGUUUUGGGUUAUUUGGGUUUUUAAGUACUUCGUUCUAAUUGUAACGAUCUAGUGCUGGCACUAGAGCCCACACCAAAUAGACUUACUCAGCCUGAAUGAGUGGACAUAGGCUGGCCUGUACAGUGAACACUAGAAGCAUGUGAUGUCAGGAGAACUUUUUUUGGUAAGAUUUUGUGUACAGCACUUGAAUAAAACAAAAGCAACUAAAA